AUGGAAGUUCUUAAUGAAACCAAUGUUGGAGAAUUUAUUUUCACUGGACUGGUGGAUAAUUAUCUACACGGGUUAUUCCUCUACAUAUUGUUUUUACUUGUUUAUUUGAUAACAGUUGUGGGGAACAGCGGCAUGAUGGCUCUGGUCUGGAACACUUCUCACCUUCAUACUCCCAUGUACUACUUCCUUGCUUCUCUCUCCAUGGUGGACCUCUGCUACUCCUCUGUCAUUACCCCUAAAAUGCUGGUUGACCUUAUUUCCCAGAAAAAAAUGAUUUCAUUCUGUGGUUGCGCUCUUCAGUUGUUCUUCUUUGCUGCCUUGGCUGUGACUGAAGCUCUUCUUCUCUCAUGCAUGGCAUAUGAUAGAUAUGUUGCCAUAUGCUACCCUCUCCACUAUACUUUAAUCAUGACAAAGAAGAAGUGUCUUGGACUUAUUCUCACUUCCACUUCUGUUGGGUUCAUGCAAUCAUCAGUGCAGACCAGUUGUACAUUCAGCCUUAGGUUCUGUGGAUUGAACCGAAUAGACCAUUUUUAUUGUGACAUGCCUCCCUUGCGGAAGAUCUCAUGUUCUGAAACUCUUUAUUGUGACUUGGUGACCAUUUUGUUUACGUGCACGUGUGGCAUGGGGUCAAUGAUGACCAUUCUUGUUUCUUACACGUUAAUUGUUUCUGCCAUCCUACGGAUGAAGUCUGCUUCAGGAAGAAGAAAGGCAUUUAGCACUUGUUCCUCUCACCUUACGUGUGUUUGUAUCUUCUACUGUACCAUUUUCUUCAUCUACCUGCGCCCACCUUCCAGUAGUUUUGAUAAACAAGACAAAGUGGUGUCUGUCUUCUACACAGUGGUCAUUCCAAUGCUUAAUCCUUUGAUAUACAGUCUAAGGAACAAAGAAGUGGAAAGGGCAUUCACAAAAUUAUUUUUUAGUGCUCUCAAUAAUGCCAUCUUUCUAAAAAAAACAUGA